UUGUGGUUCCCAUUUAUGUAGGAAACUUUUUCUGUGAAUUUUAUUUGAUUCAUAUCAAUAUUGGAAUGAUAAUGUAUUGGCAUAUAUACAUUAAAAAAUGUAGAAAUUACCAUCCAGCCUUAACUGUAGUAACUGCAGCGUGUUUUCAGUUUUAUCUGAAGCCAGGCUGGGUUUGUUUAUAAGAGUCUGUGCGGGCGUAGCUGAACAAGGACUAAAAAAAAACUCCUCUCAUGUAUUAUUGACUUAAACAGGAGAACGAGAGAACGAGAGAGAGAGAGAGAGAGAGAGAGAGAGAGAGAGAGGGGGGAAAAAGAGAGAGCUUCGGUGAAUGGAGGCAGAGUCUUCUGUACUCUCCCGUCUACUCCUGAACAGCUGCUGCGGGAAAAAGAGAACAAGAAAGAGAGAGAGCGACAGAAAAAGAGAGAGAGAAGGAAAGAGAGAGGGAGCGAAAGCCUGAAGCAGAGGAGGCUAAAGCCAGACAGAAUGCAGGAACGGACAGGGUUGUGAAAGGAGAGAAGAGGAAAAGAAGGGGAGGAAACUCGAGCGCUCCAGCCUGAGCACUGAGUCAUAAAUAGAGAGAGUACUACAGAGAGAGAGAGAGAGAGAGAGAGAGAGAGAGAGAGAGAGAGAGAGAGAAAGAGAGAAGAGGAAAAAGAAAGGAGGGGGUGAGCUUUAACUCUAACUGUGUGGCUAACUGCAGGAGAGAGAGAGAGAGAGAGAGAGAGAGAGAGAUAGAGAGCAAAAGAGAGAUAGAGAAAGAGAAAAAAAGAGAGAGAGAAGGACAGAGCAAAAAGAGAGAAAGAGAAAAAGAGAGAGGGGAGGGCAACAUACUCUCAUAACUCUUAAAAUUGUGGCAUACUGCAGGUCAGUUGUCACGCCAGGAAAAACAGAAAGAGAGAAAGAGAGAGAGAGAGAGCAAAAGAGAGAGAGAGAGAGAGAGAGAGAGAAAGAGAGAGAGACAGAGACAGAGAGGUGUAACACAUUAAGGUGUUAAGGUGCUGUUGGACGUUUAUCAAGUCCAGCACCACACCCCUCUACCCCCCUACCCUAUCCCACCUCCUCCCCUCACCUUUCACCUUUCCCUCGUUCCUCCACCGCUCCUCUCUCUCUCUCUCUCUCUUUUUUUCUCGGCCGGCUCACUCCUCUCUCUCGCUCUCGGGGCCCGAUGCCGACCGGCCCCCACGGAAACGUCUUCCCGACCCUGGUGGUCCUGGGGCACGUAGUGACUCUGAUAGCGGUGUGGAGGUGGAGGCAGAGGAGGAGGAGGCACGAUGAAGAUGAACGGGACCGAGUCCAGAAAAAGACCUUCACAAAAUGGGUGAACAAGCAUCUAAUAAAGCACUGGAGAGCUGAGGCUCAGAGGCACAUCACAGAUUUAUACGAGGACCUGCGGGAUGGACACAACCUCAUCUCUCUGCUGGAGGUUCUCUCUGGAGAGACACUGCCGAGGGAGCGGGACGUGGUCAGGAACUCGCGGUUGCCCAGAGAGAAAGGUCGCAUGCGCUUCCACAAACUACAGAAUGUGCAGAUCGCCCUGGAUUUCCUCAAACAUAGACAGGUCAAACUGGUCAACAUCAGAAACGAUGACAUUGCAGAUGGAAACCCCAAGCUGACCCUUGGGCUGAUAUGGACCAUCAUCCUUCACUUCCAGAUCUCAGACAUCCAGGUGAACGGUCAGUCAGAUGACAUGACAGCCAAGGAGAAGCUUCUUCUGUGGGCACAGCGCAUGGUGGAGGGCUACCAAGGCCUUCGCUGUGAUAACUUCACCACCAGCUGGAGGGAUGGCAAACUCUUCAAUGGCAUCAUCCAUAAACACAGGCCUCAUCUGAUAGAUAUGAGUAAAGUUUACAGACAGACCAACCUGGAGAAUCUGGAGCAGGCCUUCUGCGUGGCGGAGCGGGACCUGGGCGUCACCCGUCUGCUGGAUCCAGAAGAUGUUGAUGUUCCUCACCCUGAUGAGAAGUCUAUCAUUACAUACGUCUCCUCCCUGUAUGACGUCAUGCCCAGAGUUCCUGAUGUUCAGGGCGGUGUUCAGGCCAAUGAGCUGGAGCUGCGCUGGCAGGAGUAUUAUGAGUUGGUCACUAUGCUGCUGCAGUGGAUCAGACACCACGUCAUCGUGUUUGAGGAGAAGAAGUUCCCCACCAGCUAUGAGGAGAUAGAGGUCCUCUGGCGACAGUUUUUAAAAUUUAAGGAGACAGAGCUGCCAGCAAAGGAGGCGGAUAAAAAUCGCUCCAAACACAUUUAUAAAGCUUUCGAGGGGGCAGUACAGGCUGGUCAGAUUAAAGUGCCCCCCGGUUAUCACCCGCUCGAUGUGGAGAAGGAGUGGGGGCGUCUACACGUGGCCAUACUGGAGCGAGAGCGGCUGCUCAGGACAGAGUUCGAACGGUUGGAGAGGCUGCAGAGGAUCGUCAGUAAGGUUCAGAUGGAGUCAGGUGUGUGUGAGGAGCAGCUUAACCAGGUGGAGUCGCUGCUGCAGACGGACGUGCGGGCGCUGGGAUCAGGGAAGCCGGUUCAGCACGCAGCGGAGAUCGAGGCGGAUCUGGACAAGGCCGAGAACAUGAUCCGCUUCCUGUUUAAUGAUGUGCAGCAGCUGAAGGAUGGGCGCCACCUGCAGGCAGAACAGAUGUACAGGAGGGUGUACCGUCUGCACGAGCGUCUGGUGAACCUGCGCAGUGAGUAUAACCUCCGGCUGAAGUCCGGAGUCACCAUCACCCAGGUCCCGGUGACCCAGAUCUCCAUGAGUCAGACCCUGCAGCAGUCCCCGCAGCGCGUCCGCCCCGAGCUGGACGAGGUCACGCUCAGAUACAUCCAGGACCUCCUGGGCUGGGUGGACGAGAACCAGCGGCGCAUCGACGGAGCGACCUGGGGCUCGGACCUGCCCUCCGUCGAGUCCCAGCUGGGGAGCCACCGCGGCCUUCACCAGUCCAUCGAGGACUUCAGAUCCAAAAUCGACCGCGCCCGAGCAGACGAGAAUCAGUUAACGCCCGUCAGUAAAGGAGCGUACAGAGAGUACCUGGGGAAGCUGGACCUGCAGUACGGAAAACUGCUGAACUCCUCAAAAGCUCGGCUGCGAUAUCUCACCCAGCUGCAUGCGUUCGUCGUCGCCGCUACUAAAGAGCUGAUGUGGCUGAAUGAGAAGGAGGAGGAGGAGGUGAACUACGACUGGAGCGACCGAAACACCAACAUGACGGCUAAGAAGGAUAAUUACUCAGGUUUGAUGCGAGAACUGGAACAGCGGGAGAAGAAAAUGAACAGUGUUCAGGCCACCGGAGACAAACUGCUGAAGGAAGGACAUCCAGCCAAGAGCACUGUGGAGGCGUUCAUGGCGGCUCUGCAGACUCAGUGGAGCUGGAUCCUGCAGCUCUGCUGCUGCAUCGAGACCCAUCUGAAGGAGAACACCGCCUACUUCCAGUUCUUCUCAGAUGUGAAAGAGGCAGAGGAGAGGAUGAGGAAGAUGCAGGAAUCCAUGAAGAAGAAGUACGUGUGUGAUCGCUCCAUCACUGUCACUCGUCUGGAAGACCUUCUGCAGGAUGCUGUGGAUGAGAAAGAGCAGCUCACUGAGUUUAAGACUCACCUGGACGGCCUGAACAGAAGAGCAAAGACCAUCAUCCAGCUGAAGCCGAGAAACCCAGCCACGCCCGUCAAAGGCAAACUACCUGUUCAGGCUGUGUGUGACUUCAAACAGAUGGAGAUAACAGUGCACAGGGGAGAUGAGUGUGCGUUACUGAAUAACUCCCAGCCCUUUAAAUGGAAAGUGAGGAGCACCAGUGGGAGUGAAGCCACAGUUCCCUCUAUCUGCUUCAUCGUACCACCAACCAACAAAGAGGCUGUGGAGAGCACGUCCGGUUUGGACUCCAGUCUGCAGAAGUUGAUGAUUCUCUGGCAGAAGCUGCACGUGGACAUGAAGAGUCUGCUGUCCUGGCAGUAUCUGAUGAGAGACAUCCAGUUCAUCAACUCCUGGAACUUCUUCAUGUUUAAGAGUCUGAAGGUGGAGGAGUACCGUCUGGCUCUGAAGAACCUGGAGCAGCACUAUCAGGUGUUCAUGAGGGACAGUCAGGACUCGGAUCUGUUCGGAGCGGACGACCGCAUGCAGGUGGAGAACGCCUACAGUAAAUCCACCCAGCACUACGAUAACCUGCUGCGCUCGGUGGAGCAAGAACCUCAGAUCAUCAGCUCCACACACAGUGAUGCCGGAGAGCAGGGUGAGUCUGAGUGUAAGACCUACAUCACUCAGAUUAAGAACCUGAGGCUGAAGCUGGAGAGCUGCGAGUCCCACAUGAUCGGUCGCCUCCGGCAGGCGGUGGAUAAGGAGCCGCUGAAAUCCUGCACCCAGAGAACCACCGAGCAGAAGAAGAUGCAGAUUGAGCUGGACGGGAUUAAGAAGGAUCUGGAUUCGGUGGUGAAGCAGAGUGAAGCAGCUCUGGUCUCUUCUCAGCAGUGCAGCUCUGCUCCGGCUCUGAGGGCUGAACUCGACAUCACCCUCAGGAAGAUGGAGCACGUUUACAGCCUGUCCUCCGUCUACCUCGACAAGUUAAAGACGAUAGACUUGGUAAUACGCAGAACACAAGGAGCUGAAGACGUCCUCAGAAAGUAUGAAAACCAGCUGCGUGACGUCCAGAAGAUUCCUGCAGACGAGAAGGAGGUGGAGGCCAGCCUCGCACAGCUGAAGAAACUGCGCUCUGAAGCUGAGGGUGAGCAGCCGACGUUCGAUCGUCUGGAGGCGGAGCUUCAGGACGCCGUGUCGGUGAACGAGCGGAUGUCCCGCGUGCACAGUGAGCGUGACAGUGAGCUGGAUCACUAUCAGCAGCUGGUGGGGGGUCUGAGGGAGCGCUGGCAGGCCGUGUUGGUUCAAAUGGACCUGCGGAGGCGGGAGCUGGAGCUGCUGGGUCGGCAGAUGCAGGCGUACAGGCAGAGCUAUGAUUGGCUGAUCCGCUGGACUGCAGACGCCAAACAGAGACAGGAGAAGAUCCAGACCGUGCCGAUCAGAGACACCAAGACCCUUAAAGAACAGCUGACCCAGGAGAAGAAACUCCUGGAAGAGAUUGAGAAGAACAAAGACAAAGUGGACGAAUGUCAGAAGUUUGCUAAAGCGUAUAUCGAUGCAGUAAAGGAUUAUGAGCUUCAGCUGGUCACAUAUAAAGCCUUAGUGGAGCCCAUUGCUUCACCUCUAAAGAAAACCAAAAUGGAGUCUGCAUCAGACAACAUCAUUCAGGAGUACGUCACUCUCAGAACUCGCUACAGCGAGCUGAUGACUCUCACCACCCAGUAUAUUAAAUUCAUACUGGAUACCCAGCGCCGCCUAGAGGACGAGGAGAAAGCAACGGAAAAGCUUAAGGAAGAAGAGAGGAGAAAGAUGGCGGAGAUGCAGGCCGAGUUAGAAAAGCAAAGGCAGCUAGCAGAAUCUCACGCCAAGGCCAUCGCCAAAGCAGAGCAAGAGGCUGAGGAGCUGAAGCUGAAGAUGAAAGAGGAGGUCAGCAAAAGACAAGUGGUUGCUGUCGAUGCAGAAAAACAGAAGCACAACAUUCAGCAGGAGCUUCACGAACUCAAGAACCUCUCAGAGCAGGAGAUUAAGUCCAAAAGCCAGCAGGUAGAAGAGGCCCUGCAAUACCGCACCAAGAUCGAAGAGGAGAUCCACAUAAUCCGACUCCAGCUGGAGACGACGGUAAAGCAGAAGAUUAUGGCUGAAGGUGAACUCAAGCAGCUCAGAGAUAAAGCAGCGGAAGCUGAAAAACUAAGAAAGGCUGCCCAGGAAGAAGCAGAGAAACUUAGGAAGCAAGUGAACGAAGAGACCCAGAAAAAACGCAAAGCAGAGGAAGAGCUUAAACUGAAAUCUGAGGCAGAGAAAGAGGCAGCAAAGCAAAAGCAAAAGGCACUCGAGGAUCUGAAGACAUUCAAGGCUCAAGCGGAGGAAGCUGAGAGGAGGAUGAAGCAGGCUGAGCUGGAAAAGGAGAGGCAGAUCAAGGUUGCAGAGGAGGUGGCACAGAAGAGCGUUGCCACAGAACUUCAGAGUAAGUGUCUGUCGUUUGACGAAAAAGCGACAAAGCUUGAAGAGUCUCUGAAACAAGAGCAAGGGACUGUUAUUCAGCUUCAAGAGGAGGCAGACCGACUCAAAAGGCAACAGGCUGAAGCAGAUAAGGCAAGAGAAGCAGCUGAGAAAGAGCUGGAGGUAUGGAGACAGAAAGCGAACGAGGCUCUUCGUUUGAGGCUCCAGGCAGAGGAGGAAGCCCACAAGAAGAGUGCAGCUCAAGAAGAAGCAGAGAAGCAGAAGGAAGAAGCGAAACGUGAGGCUAAAAAGAGGGCGAAAGCAGAGGAGGUUGCUCUGAAACAGAAGGAAACUGCAGAGAAGGAGCUCGAAAAGCAAAGGAAGGAUGCUGAAGAAACCGCUCAACAGAAACUUGUAGCAGAACAGGAGCUGAUCCGUUUGCGACUAGACUUCGAUCACGCCGAGCAACAGAGAACGCUGCUCGACAGUGAACUCCAGCGCCUCAAGAAUGAAGUGAACACAGCCGUGAAACAGAAAGAGCAACUAGAGGAGGAGCUUUCUAAAGUAAGGAAGGAGAUGGAGGUCCUCAUGCAACUGAAAUCUGAUGCUGAGAAAGAGUCCAUGUCAAGCACAGAAAAAAGCAAGCGCUUCCUCGAAUCCGAGGCAGCCAAGAUGAGGGAACUUGCCGAGGAGGCGGCAAAACUUCGGGCAGUCGCUGAAGAAGCGAAGAAGCAGAGAAAGGUUGCAGAGGAUGAAGCAGCUCACCAGAGAGCUGAAGCUGAGAGGAUCCUCAAAGAGAAGCUCGCUGCCAUCAACGAAGCGACUCGUUUGAAAACCGAGGCUGAGAUCGCUCUGAAAGAGAAGGAAGCUGAGAAUGAGCGUCUCAGGAGGAAGGCUGAGGAUGAAGCCUAUCAAAGGCAGGUUCUUGAGGACCAAGCAACUCAGCAUAAGCAAGAUAUCGAGGAAAAGAUCGGCCAGUUGAAGAAGUCCUCUGAUGCAGAGUUGAAGAGGCAGAAAACAAUCAUUGAAGAAACACUGAGGCAGAAGAAGGUGGUUGAAGAGGAGAUUCACAUCCUGAAAAUCAACUUCCAAACCGCCUCAACAGGAAAACAGGAGCUUGACCUUGAGCUGAACAAGCUAAAGAGCCUCGCCGAUGAUGCUCAGAAGAGCAAAGCGCAAGCAGAAAAGGAGGCAGAGAAGUUCAGAAAACUGGCUCUAGAGGAAGAGAAAAAGAGAAAAGAAGCAGAAGAGAAGGUAAAACGGAUUGCAGCCGCAGAAGAAGAAGCGGCGAGACAGUGCAAAGCUGCUCAACAAGAAGCUGAGCGCCUUAAAAAGAAAGCAGAGGAGGCUAAACAGCAAAAGGUCAAUGCUGACAAAGAAGCUGAGAAACAGAUCAUUAUAGCACAGGAAGCUGCCCAAAAGUGUACGGCCGCUGAGCAGAAAGCCCAGGAUGUCCUCGGUAAACAAAAAGAGGACAGUCUGGCUCAAACGAAGCUGAAAGAGGAGUAUGAGAAGGCAAAGAAAUUGGCAGAAGAGGCAGAAAAAGCCAAAGAAAAGGCUGAAAAAGAGGCGGCUCUGCUUCGGCAAAAAGCAGAAGAGGCCGAGCGUCAAAAGCAAGCCGCUGAAGCUGAAGCCGCUAAACAGUCCAAGGCACAGGAGGAUGCUGAGAAACUUAGGAAAGAAGCUGAAACAGAAGCUGCCAAACGUGCCAAAGCAGAAGCAGCAGCACUAAAACAGAAGAAGCAGGCUGAUGCAGAGAUGGCCAAGCAUAAGGAGCUUGCUGAGACCACCUUGAAGCAGAAGUCUACGGUUGAGCAAGAGUUAGCGAAGGUUAAGCUUCAGCUUGAGGAGACAGACAAACAGAAAUCUGUGUUGGACGAGGAACUGAAACGACUGAAGGAUGAGGUCGGCGAUGCUGUCAAGCAGAAAGCUCAGGUGGAAGGUGAGCUCUCUAAAGUGAAGAGCCAGAUGGAGGAGCUAAUCAAAUUAAAGGUCAAAAUUGAGGAGGAAAACAAGCGACUUAUGAAGAAAGAUAAGGAUAACACAAAGAAAUUGCUUGAGGAAGAGGCUGAGAAUAUGAAGAAACUAGCUGAGGAUGCAGCUCGGCUUAGUGCUGACGCUCAAGAAGCUGCAAGACUGAGGCAGGUCGCAGAGUCCGAUCUCGCCCAACAAAGGGAGCUGGCUGAAAAGAUGCUUAAGGAGAAGAUGUUAGCCAUUCAGGAAGCAACCAAACUAAAAGCUGAAGCUGAAUUGCUCCAAAAGCAGAAAGACCAGGCUCAAGAAGAGGCUCAAAAACUGCUAGAGGCCAAAAAGGAGAUGCAGCAGCGUUUAGAGAAAGAGACAGAGGGCUUCCAGAAGUCUUUAGAAGCAGAACGUAAAAGGCAGGAGGAAGUUACUGCUGAAGCCGAGAAGCUAAGGACCAGGGUGACCCAGCUAAGCGAUGCACAAUCGAAAGCAGAGAAAGAAGCUAAACAAUUCAAGGAACAAGCUGAAGAAAUCAGAGCACGUUUGAGUGAAACUGAGCAGCAAACCUCUGAAAAAUUCACAGCUGUGAAGAAACUGGAAGCAGAGAGGCAGCAGAGCAGUAAAGAAGCAGAAGAUCUGCGCAAAGCAAUUGCUGAACUUGAAAAGGAAAAGGAGAAACUGAAAAAGGAGUCAGUGGAUUUGCAGAAUAAAGCAAAAGAGAUGGCCAGUGCCCAACAGGAGCAGAUUCUUAAAGAAACAACAGUGCUUCAGAAGACAUUCUUUACAGAGAAAGAAACCCUGCUGAAAAAGGAAAAGGCAAUUGAGGAUGAGAAGAAGAAGUUGGAGAAACAAUUCGAGGAUGAGGUGAAGAAAGCCAAAGCUCUUAAAGACGAACAGGAGAAACAGAAGAAGCAGAUGGAGGAAGAGAAAAAGAAGCUUCAGGCCAUCCUGGAUGCUGCAGUCAAAAAGCAGAAGGAUGCCGAGGAGGAGAUGCUCGCCAAGCAAAAAGAGAUGGCGGAGCUAGAAAAGAAAAGACAAGAGCAAGAAAAGCUCAUGGGUGAGGAAAACAAGAAAUUACGAGAAAAGCUUCAACAGCUCCAAACAACUCCAAAACCUGCCACUUGCCAAACAAAGGAAAUCGAAAUACAAACCGACAAAGUUCCUGAAGAUGAUUUGGUUACAGCAACAGUGCAGGAAACAACUAAGAAAGUUUUCAAUGGCUCCACAGAGGUCGAUGGCGUAAAGACAAAUGGAGAAUCACCACUUUCGUUUGACGGAAUCCGAGAGAAGGUCCCUGCCAGCAGGCUGAACGAAAUCGGUGUGCUGAAUAAAAAGGAAUUUGACAAACUUAAAAAAGGCAAGACAACAGUGCAAGAGCUCAGCAAAUUGGACAAAGUCAAGAUGUGUCUGAAAGGUGGUGACUGCAUUGCUGGGGUAAUAGUUGAACCCAACCAAAAAAUGAGCAUCUAUCAGGCUUUGAAGGAAAAGAAAAUUUCACCUAGUACAGCUACGAUGCUCCUAGAAGCUCAAGCAGCAUCUGGAUACAUGAUUGAUCCCGUCAGGAACCGAAGACUCUCUGUGAGUGAGGCUGUGAAGGAAUCCAUUGUUGGGCCUGAACUUCACACAUCGUUGCUCUCUGCUGAAAGGGCUGCAACUGGUUUCAAAGAUCCUUUCACCGGACAGCAGAUCUCACUGUUUGAAGCAAUGAAAAAGGGUCUGAUUUCAGAAGACCAAGCAGCUAAACUUCUCGAUGUUCAGAUUGCAACUGGCGGCAUAAUUGAUCCAGUAAACAGUCACCGUGUUCCCGUCCAAGCAGCUUGUAAACAAGGUCUGCUGGAUGAGGACCUUAAUAAAGUCUUGUCCAAUCCUCCAGAUGAUAAGAAACCAUUCAGUGAUCCCAGCACACAAGAAAACCUCACUUAUGCUCAACUACUCAGCAGAUGCCAAGCGGAUCCUGAGACAGGUCUUCCACUUCUACCUGUUACAGAGGCAGCAUCGGCCGUGGAAAAGACUUACACAGAUGAGGAAACUAAGGAUGCACUCAGUAAAACAAACAUUUUAGUGCCAUUUGGAAGAUUCAAAGGCAAGACAGUGACCAUUUGGGAAGUGAUCAAUUCUGAAUACUUCACUGAAGACCAAAGGAGAGAUCUCAUUCGGCAGUAUAAGUCGGGCAAAAUUACAGUUGAGAAAAUCAUAAGGAUUGUGAUAACUGUUGCUGAGGAUAAAGAGAAGAACAAAGAACCUUCGUUUGAUGGUUUAAGGUCACCUGUUCUUGCAUCUGAGCUCCUGGAUUCUAAGAUCAUUAACAAGAAUUUAUUCAAUGAGUUGCAUAAUGGAAAGACAUCUGUUAAAGAAGUGUCUGAGAUGGAGCCUGUCAAGAAAGCUUUAAAGGGAACAAACAGUAUUGCUGGAGUGUUCGUUGAGUCAACUAAAGAGAAACUUCCAGUGUACGAAGCCAUGAAGAAGAACAUGCUAGGAGCAGAGGCUGCACUGCACCUCCUAGAAGCCCAAGCCGGAACUGGCUUCAUAAUCGAUCCAGUGAAAAACCAAAAGCUCACUGUUGACGAUGCUGUUAAAUCUGGGAUCGUUGGUCCAGAGCUGCAUGAGAAAUUGCUGUCUGCUGAAAGAGCAGUAUGUGGAUACAAGGAUCCAUACACUGGGAAAACUGCAUCCCUGUUUGAGGCGAUGGAGAAGGGCCUCAUUAACAGCGAUCAGGGUAUCCGACUACUUGAGGCCCAGCUUGCGACGGGAGGAAUCAUCGACCCGGUGAAAAGUUAUCGACUUCCUCAGGAUGUUGCUUACAGACGUGGCUUUUUCAGUGAGGAAAUGAACAAGAGCUUAAGCAGUCCGUCUGAAUCUAAUAAAGGUUUCUUCGAGCCCAACUCCAAGGAGAAUGUUCCCUAUGCACAGCUUCUGAAAAAAUGCAUCACCGAUAAAGAAACAGGCCUCCCACUUCUGCCACUCUCAGAUAAAGCUAUCAAAUCCACUGAAUCAGAUGUGCUCCUGGACGUUCAAACCAAAGAAGCAUUAAACAAGGCAACAAUGGAGUUGCACAGUGGACCCUUCAAAGGAAGAAAGGUCACGAUCUGGGAGAUAAUCAACUCUGAAUACGUAACAGAAGAACAAAGAAUUGAAAUACUGCGACAGUACAGAUCAGGAAAAGUCACAAUUGAAAAGAUCAUUACGAUUGUGAUAUCCAUGGUUGAAGAAAAGGAGAUGAAAAAGCAGGAAGAUAACUUUAAUGGUUUUAGAGGACCUGUUACUGCGACCUCCUUGUUCGAAUCCAAAAUCAUUGACAAGGCAAUGUAUGAUCAGCUCCAACAAGGGAAAAAGAAGCCGAAAGACAUUGGUGAAAUUGAAUCGGUUAAGAAGUACUUGAGAGGAUCAGAAAGCAUUGCUGGAGUGUUGGAUGAAAAGUCUAAAGAGAAGUUCAGCAUCUAUCAGGCAAUCAAACAGAAAUUGCUGACACUAAACACAGGCCUUUCCCUGCUGGAAGCCCAAGCAGCAACUGGGUUUAUGGUGGAUCCAGUCAGGAAUCAGCGAUUUACAGUAGAUGAUGCUGUGAAAGCUGGCCUAGUUGGACCUGAACUUCAUGAAAAACUUCUGUCUGCAGAGAAGGCUGUAACUGGUUACAAAGAUCCAUACACUGGUAACAACAUUUCACUGUUCCAAGCAAUGCAAAAAGAGCUUGUUCUUAGGGAACAUGCUGUCCCUCUUCUGGAAGCCCAAGAGGCCACUGGUGGGAUAAUUGAUCCAGUGAAUAGCCAUCGUAUCCCUACUGAGAUCGCCAUACAGCGAGGAUACCUAAACAAGCAGUUGUCCAAGGCUUUCAGUGAUCUUUCAGAUGAUGUCAAAGGCUUCAAUGACCCAAACAAAGACGAGAGCGUCACCUACAAACAGCUGAUCGAUCAAUGCAAGAAAGACCCAGAAUCUGGUAUUUUGCUCCUACCACUUUCUAAAGCUGAAGUUGCAAAAGAAGUUGAGAAGUCUUACACUUAUUCUGAAGAGCAAGCACAGACAGACUUGGCUAGCACACAAAUAGACCUACCUCACAAAGACUUUGCAGGAAAGCAGAUGAGUUUAUGGGAAGUCUUGUCCUCAGAUAUGCUUCCACAAGAAGAUAGAAGAAGGCUUAUCGAACAGUACCGGUCAGGAAAACUCACUAGGGAAAGAAUGAUCAUCAUCAUCAUCGAAAUCCUUGAGCAUAGAGAAAUCAUUAAAACCGAGCAGAGUAUGCUAUGUGACGUAAUCAGACGCAGAGUUACAAUUGAAGAGCUGUACAGUUCACGAAUAAUAGACCUUGAAACGUACAAUCUUCUUAAACAAGGCAAGAAAACCAUUCGUGAGGUCAUGGAGAUGACAACUGUCAAGCAGUACCUCUUCGGCACAGGCAGCGUCGCUGGAGUGCUCUCGGACGACUUCGCCAAAGUUAGCAUUUACAACGCCAUGAAAAGAGGCAUUAUCAAGCCAGAUGUUGCUAUCGACUUGCUGGAGGCACAAGCAGCAACAGGAUUUAUCGUUGAUCCUGUGAAACAUGAAUUGCUGACAGUUGACGAGGCUGUCCGUAAAGGUCUAGUUGGCCCAGAACUUCAUGACAAGCUCUUGUCUGCGGAGAGGGCAGUCACAGGGUAUAAAGAUCCAUAUAGUGGUAAAGUCAUUUCCCUGUACCAAGCCAUGAAGAAGGAUCUGAUUCCUGAAGACUAUGCAUUAAAACUCCUCGAGGCUCAGCUUGCAACUGGAGGCGUAAUGGAUCCUGAGUACAAUUUCCACCUCCCAUCUGAUGUCGCAAUGCAACGUGGCUACAUCAACAAAGAAACAGCUGAGAGACUAACAGAUCCCAGUGGAGACGUCAAAGAUUUUACUGAUCCGACCGCAGAUGAAAAGCUGUCUUAUUCCCAACUCCUUAAGCGAUGCAAAGUUGACAAAGAAAGUGGCCUGCAUUUGCUGUCCCUCGCAGACAAGCAACUGACAAUAAAGGGUCUCAGAAAGCAAAUUACGAUAGAGGAACUCCUGCGCUCGCAGAUUAUUGAUCAGAAGACUUACACAGAGAUCCUGGAAGGUAUUAUCUCAAUAGAAGACAUCCGCAAAGAUCUGAAGAAAUAUCUUGAAGGAACAAGCUGCAUUGCAGGGGUGUACGUUGAGGCUUCCAAAGACCGCCUGUCGAUUUACCAAGCCAUGAAGAAGAACAUGAUCCGACCAGGAACUGCUUUUGAGCUGCUGGAAGCGCAAGCAGCCACGGGAUAUGUCAUUGAUCCUAUUAAAAACCUGAAAUUGACUGUCAAUGAAGCUGUAAAAAUGGCGGUUGUUGGACCAGAGUUUAAAGACAAGCUUCUCUCUGCUGAACGAGCUGUGACUGGAUACAAAGAUCCUUACUCUGGGAAGAUCAUUUCCCUGUUCCAGGCCAUGAAGAAGGGUCUGAUCCUGAAAGACCACGGUAUUCGUCUUCUGGAGGCUCAGAUUGCCACAGGCGGAAUCAUUGAUCCUGAGGAGAGUCAUCGCCUUCCGGUAGAAAUGGCGUACAAGCGUGGCCUCUUUGAUGAGGAGAUGAAUAGUAUUCUCACUGAUCCCUCUGAUGACACUAAAGGGUUCUUUGAUCCGAACACUGAGGAGAAUCUGACUUACCUUCAGUUGAUGGAGCGAUGCAUGACUGAUCCCGAAACAGGACUUGCUCUAUUACUGAUGAAAGAGAAGAAGCGCGAGCGAAAGACAUCGUCCAAGUCAUCGGUACGCAAGCGCAGAGUCGUGAUUGUAGACCCAGAAACUGGGAAAGAGAUGUCUGUUUAUGAGGCAUACCGCAAAGGGCUCAUUGAUCAUCAGACGUAUAUGGAGCUUGCAGAGCAAGAAUGCGAAUGGGAAGAAAUUACCAUCUCAUCAUCCGAUGGCGUCGUCAAGUCCAUGAUCAUCGACAGAAGGUCUGGACGCCAGUACGACAUUGACGAUGCCAUUACUAAGGGUCUCAUUGACCAGUCUGCUUUAGAUCAGUACCGUGCAGGAACCCUGUCCAUUACAGAGUUUGCGGACAUGCUGUCUGGCAACAUGAGCGGCUUCCGAUCACGUUCGUCAUCCGUUGGCUCUUCCUCUUCCUUUUCCAUGAGCCCAGCUCCAUCCAUUAGAACCCCAGCAACCACCUGGAAUGACCCAACUGAGGAAACUGGACCAGUGGCUGGAAUCCUUGAUACAGAUACUCUAGAGAAGGUGUCGGUCACGGAAGCCAUGCAUCGGAAUCUGGUGGAUAACAUCACUGGCCAAAGGCUUCUCGAAGCACAAGCAUGCACCGGAGGCAUCAUUGACCCAAAUACUGGAGAAAAGUUCACCGUUGCCGAUGCUAUGAACAAAGGACUUGUGGACAAGAUCAUGGUCGAUCGCAUCAACCUAGCACAGAAAGCCUUCCAGGGAUUUGAAGAUCCAAGAACCAAAACCAAGAUGUCCGCCGCUCAAGCCUUAAAGAAGGGUUGGCUGUACUAUGAGGCUGGCCAGCGCUUUCUCGAAGUCCAGUAUUUGACAGGUGGCUUAAUCGAACCUGAGGUUGCUGGCAGAGUGCCGCUGGAUGACGCCGUAAAGAAAGGCACCCUUGAUGCUCGCACGGCGCAGAAACUGCGAGAUGUUAGCGGAUACUCAAAAUAUCUCACGUGCCCGAAAACAAAGCUGAAGAUAUCUUAUAAAGACGCCAUGGAGAGAAGCAUGAUCGAGGAAGGCUCUGGCUUGCGUCUGCUGGAAGCGUCCUCCCAGUCCAGCAAAGGCCUUUACAGCCCGUACAGCAUCAGUGGCUCUGGAUCCACCUCAGGUUCCAGGUCUGGCUCCAGAACCGGUUCUCGAUCUGGCUCAAGGCGAGGAAGCUUUGAUGCUACAGGCUCUGGGUUUUCCACGACUUUCUCCUCAACUUCUUACGGAUCUCCGAGCUACGGACGGCGAUACGGAACAGGGGAGCAGAGUGAUCUGAACGUGGAUCAACUAAGAAACCUUCUAACAGCUUUAACACUAAGCAGAAACUGUUCUUCUGAAGAAAAAGUCUCGCUUUCUCAACAACCACAGUGCUCUUUAGUUGCUUAAUAAUAAUAAUUUGAUUUGAACAAAAAACAUACAAAAAUAUAAGAGACAUCUGCUCUGCAUUUGGUUGCUAUAAGGCUUUAUGGCUUAAUGGAAAAUAUCGCAAAGUUCUGCUGAUUUUAUUUCGAAUGUAUUUGUUUUUUAUUUAUAAAUGAUAUCUCAUAUAAGUACAUAGCUAUAAAAAAUACAAUAUAAUUUACUUCACACAAGAUCAUCAACAAAAAAUAUACAUACUUUUUUGUUAUUACAAUAUAUAUUUUUUUGCUAUUACCUGCUAAUACUGCAUACUGUUAUCAGUAUUAUAAACUGCUUCUAUUAUUAAUUUUGUAUUAAUGUAUUAUUCCUUUAUUAUGCCUUAACUCCACUUCAUGUGGUAUACUAUAAAACAUUUUAUUCAGUUUAUUGUCUUUAUUUGAAUGCUACAAAGGAAAGUAAAGAAAAAAAGGAGUAUAAGUAUAAGUAAAAGUAAGAAUUUAUUGUGGUAUUCUAAUUUCCGUUUGUGUACAUAUCUCUUAUUUGGAAAUAUAUGAUAUAUAUAGAUGAUUGAUGAGAAAAAGAAGGGCUGGUAACCAUCUGCAGAGCAGAUCGAGAAAUCUAUAUACAAUUAAAGCAAAAUGAGCACACGAAGAAACAACAGCGCUACAGAAACCCACCUAUGGCAGCACUGCCAUUUUGCAUAUUUUUGCCUAUAAAUACAUUUUUUUCAUUUUUUAAAAUGAAACAAUAAUGCCCCGCCUUUCAAGAGGAAUAUAUUGGAUAUAUUGAUCACUCACCAAUCAUCCCAGAAAACCCACAAUGGACAAAUAUAUACAAAUAUACAUAUAUGAAACUCCAGAAGAUGGCACUAGAGUACCUUCAAAAGACAAAAGACACCCACGCUCCCCCACCCUGAGGCUCUUCAUAUAUCUAUAUAUGUCUUCUUCUGUUCCUGUCUCCUGACUCGUCUCCCAAAGUCUCUCAGAGUGAACAACAGUUCAGCCUCAGCCUCAACAGAUAUCUGCAAUCAAUAUAUAUUACGUUUUACGUCCAUGUGUUCCACUGCCCGCCGGAGGAGAUCCCGUACAACAGAUCGCUCCAAUCAAAAAGAACCACAGAUCAGCUGUUUGAUUGACCAACAUACAUGUUCUGCUACCUUCAUUUGAUAUUACUGCAUUUUUUCUUUUUUUUUUUUGCAUUUGCAUUGUUGAUUCUUCAUAUUAUUUACGUAUUGUUUAUAUUAUGUUGAAUAUUUUUUUUAAGUCAGUUAAGAAAAGGAAACGGCCAUAGAUACAAAAUUGAGCUCUUCUGGAUUUUUUGCGAGCUGCUCUUUGGAUUUAACAAUUUAUUAAUUUUGUUCAGUGUUUUGCGUUGUAUUUCUGGAUAGCUCUUUAUUUCUUUAUCGUGUUUUAAUAUUUUCACUGGAAAAUGAAAAAUGGAAAAUGAGCGAGGUGCUAGUGAAAGUAAACACGUCCAAGAUUGUAUAUUGUACAUUAAAAAUCUGCUGCAUUUCUGAAUUAAUAAAAAAAGGCUAUUCUCUAUAAACUCUCAGCGUCCUAAUCGAAAUACAUAAAUGGCACAAAUAUACAAGAAGAUACAUAGAUUAAAACUUCUUGAGGAGAUCAUGCAAAAAUGACCAUGUUUUCAUUGCCAUGCAUUUCAUAGCCAGCGUAUCUUCGAGACUUUUGAUAACCUUUUAUUUUAGAUAAUUUUGUCCACUUAUUGUUAUAUUUGUCCCAGUUUUUCCAUUACAAACGCUGUUAUCUUUUAUUUUCUUUUAUGUUCUAUUUUAAUACUUGAUUGCCGUACUGUAAAGUCAGACUGCAUGUCAGUAUCAACUGUAUUUUCCUACAUUAAUGUUGUUUUUGCUUUGCAUGUUUUUGCUAACAUGGUUAAAGGGAUGCAGUGUGAACAGCUGCAUUCAACAAUUCAGUUUAUUUUGAGGCAGAUUAAGAAUAUAUGUAUUUGAACCAAGAUUGCCUUGUUGUUUUGGAUAAUGAGGCCUGGUGAAGAGGACUGUAUUUAUAGGAUGGGAGUGUAUUCUAUUGUAAAUAAAAUAUGAUAAAAUCAAAUAUCAAAA